AUGUCAUGGUUCCCUGAAACGGAUAUUGGGGAUUCUGAGGAUGCGUGCAGAAGGACCCCGAGUGGGAAGACACCGCUUGUCCCCAAAAGAGACGUCAAGCCGGACAGCCCACCGAGCAUAGAUUGCGAAUCCCACAACAUCGGCGACUUGGCGGAUCCUGGAGAACUCAAGGAGUUGGCUUCUGGCAGUGAAAACCCCCACGGCAGAGAGGUUGGCAAGGAGGAUGCGGUGAAGCCCUGUGACUCCCCGAAGGAGGAAGGCAAAGAAAAGACGCAGCCCCAGAAAACACAGUGUACGAAUUUGCUUGAUUUUCGAUGGCUGCAGGAGAAGGAAGAGGAAGAGGGUCGCCUCCAAGAGGACUCUGGCACCGCCCCAGAAGAUGUUAGUAGCAAAGGGCUGCCCAACAAGAAUUCAUCUGGUGAUGCUCAGGAGGGGCUGUGGCCCCCACCUGGAGACAACACUGAGGAGCCCAGAGUGCAAGAGCCCGAUGGUCCAGAAGGCAGCUCUGUGGAUCACGAAGCUUACUACCUGUGCGAUGAGGCCAUGCUCCUGCAAGACUCCAGCGCCUCCCUGGGCUAUUUCCCCUGCUACCGGACCUACAUCGAGUUCCCCCGCUACCAGCCCCCCGGCCACCCCCAGGACAAAGGGAGCGGCCCCUCACGGGUGGGCAGGAGGAAGAUCCCCCAAGAGGUGCAGGGCCCCCAGAACAGCCCACUGCUGCCCACGGCCAAAGACAGCAGGAAGUGUCCCCAGAAGAGGAAGCACAGAGGGGUCUCGGUGGAGGAGAAGGGUCAGGCCAAGCCCACAGAGCUGAAGCCGCUCUUGCAGGACCAGCGCACCCUGCCCCCGAGCCCAGAGGGAAAGACAGGACCCCACAUUGUGUGCUGCCACAGCGCGGAGGUUGCGGGAGAGAGGAACCAGGUCGGGCCAGUGAAGGGAAGAGGGAAAGAGAUCCCCCAACGGGGAUCAACUGCUCAGAGUCACACCUCGGUCACGGAAACCACCGCCGCCACCACCCCAUUGGAGCCCCGCAAGCCUCCUUCCCACCUCAGCUUCCAUUCCAUCAUCUCCUGGGUUUGGAAGAUCUUCAGGAAACCGUCAUCGUCGCAACCGCAACCCAGCACCAGCAGCAGGACGGACGCAGGGAGGAGGCCGCCGGCCAGUUGCCUAAGACUGUGGAUCACACAGUACCGUGGCCGCGUCCACCCACAGCCACCUUGACACCAAUGCCCCACUUCUGAAAGGAGUCAGCGCUUUGGGCCAAGUUGGGGGGACAAGUGGAAUAUAUUCCAGAAAUCGAUCAUUUCCAUUAAAAUUUCCUCUUUAUGCAAAACAAAGAAGGAGAAAUAUUCCACAUUGCCACAUAGGUGCUGCCAGAGGGUGGUGAGGUGGGACGUUGGCAAGGGUGUUCAUAUCAAUGUAGCUGUCUCUAUACUGCAUGUGGGCCCAACAGGAUGUUGGUGGGGAUUUCCUGGUUUUCACUCCACCUUUUUCUGUGAGCGUAUCCCGCCUCUUCCACUUUGGGAGUGGCCGUGCUGGGAGUGCACGAGGAGCUGGUGCUACCACAGAAUUUGGAUCUUUCGAUGGCAUGCUGUCUCUGCAUGCCUGCAUAUGCACAUGCAAAUUUAUUUUCUAUACAU